AAAUUCAUAAAUAUGUAUAGUCUGAAGAAAUCAAUGCAUUUGCUAUUUGGGUUCUCUCAUUUCCAUCUUCUUCUUCUUCUUCUUCUUAUUCUUCUUCUUCAUCACCUAGUGUACGACCACAAUACUUUCUCACGAUCUUCGUCAAUCUGCUUCGCCUCCAUCUUCAUUGACUCAUACAGAUACACUGUACCAUUGGCAUUUUAGCUACGCUAUGUUGGAGAGUGUUAUUUGACAUGAAACUGUUCGGUACGACAAUAUUAUACAAAGCCAAAUGUUGCCAGGAAGACUUUCUAUGAUGGAAUUAAAACAAGCUCAUGAUGUUGAAGAUACGAGUUCUGCACCAAGAAUUCAGCAUGAUCCUUGGCCACUUAAUGAGAUUGAUCCCAAGAAAUCCAAGUUCCCUUGUUGUUUGGUGUGGACUCCUCUCCCAGUGGUCUCGUGGUUGGCGCCUUUCAUUGGACAUGUUGGCAUAUGCAAGGAGGACGGAGCUGUUCUAGAUUUUUCUGGAUCCAAUUUUGUGAAUAUCGAUGAUUUUGCAUUUGCUCCUGUAGCCAAAUACAUUCAACUUGAUAGAGAGCAGUGUUGCUUUCCUCCAAACCUAGCUGGGCACGCAUGCAAGAUUCGGUACAGGCAUGCAGAGUAUGGGACGGCAAUCACUUGGGACGAUGCUCUCCUGUCAAGUAUGCGCCUCUAUGACCACAAAUCCUACAACCUCUUCACCUGCAAUUGCCACUCAUUCGCCGCUAAUUGUCUGAACCGACUCUGUUAUGGUGGAUCGAUGGGUUGGAACAUGAUAAAUGUGGCUGCUCUUGUGCUGUUCAAGGGACGGUGGGUUGAUAGCUUGUCAAUCUUAAGAUCAUUUAUGCCUUUUAUGGUGAUGCUUUGCCUGGGUAUUUUCGUGGUUGGUUGGGCAUUCUUGAUUGGGCUGCUAUCCAUCUUUCUACUCCUCGUCGGCUGGUUUUUGUUCGGUACUUAUUGUGUCAAAAAUCUGUUAGAAUGCUAGAUCCUUGUGCCAAUAAUGCACAAGAUUUAAAUUAUGUCAAAAGAUGGCUCUAACAAACCUAUAUUAAGAGUAAUGGAUUAUACUUUUUGGAAAAGGAAAUUGGAAUUUAUUAUUGAAUU